AUGAAUCUACAACUCCUCCUAUUACUGACAUGCUGUUCAACCGUCGCUAUCGCCUACAAAGUCGCGGUAUUGGUGCCAAAUAUGGCUAAUAGUCAGGUUUUUUUUUGUCGUUUGGUGAAAUUCCAAGUCGUGAUACACAGGCUAUAUACUUCAAUCCCACUAAUACGAUAAUUUGAGUCUAAUUUCCGAUUUCCAGGUUCAAUUCAACGCCCGGGUCGCAGAAUCCUUGACGAAUGCCGGUCAUAACGUCACCCUCGUCUAUCUUUCCUACUUCAGCGAUUAUGACUCUUCCGAUGUCAAAAUUGACUCCAGAAUACAAAGUGAGUCGUUUUCAAAUCGAAAAAGUAUGUAUUAUGCCUUUUUUUUCAAGAAUACGACGCGCAAGGUCACGUCGAAGGAAUGAAAAAAGCUGAUUUCGAAAAAAUACAGGCCAAGUUCAUCUACAAGGUUUUUUCCAAAUACAUUUUUUUUCUAUAAAAAUGGAUUUUUCAGGACACCGGAAUGUUCGACUGGGAAAUGAUGGCGAUGAUUCAAAACAUGACCCAAAUGUGGAGAGAAGGAUGUCGAAGUUGGUUUUUUUAUUUUUUGAAAUUAUUAGUAAGUAGAGAAAAUAUUUCAGUUUUUGCAAAAAAGCUUUGCUCAGUUCAAAAAUAAAUAUUAAAGACAGAGAAUAGUUAUAUUGAAGUUAAAAAGAACCCGAAAUGACACGUUCAUUGUCUUUAUACCCUCCUCAAGAUUGCAAAAAUUGAAAAAGAAAAAUUAUAACUUGGACUUAUUGAAAACUUCAAGAAAUAUGAAUUUCUAGACCUACUCCGAAACAAAGAAUUCAUGACUUGGUUCGAAAACGAGAAAUUCGACGUCGCCUUCAGCCACAUGUACUCGGCGUGCCCUAUCGGCAUCAUUCACAUCGCCAAGAUUCCUUCCUGGGUUUGGCUCAACAGGUAAAAUCUCUAAAGUGCGGACAUUUCCGAAGAAAUGCAUUAAUUUUAUAGCGGCGCUUUGUGGGAUGGCGUCGCCAAUGUGAUCGGCGUUCCAAUCAUUCCCAGCUAUAUUCCUCGUUGGUUUUUGAAUUAUAAAUAACUAUAAAUAUUUUGUGAAGUGAGCUCUGAACUUGAGGUUUAGUCAGGAAAGUUCAAAUGAAGAUUUUAGAAACUUCAAGGUUGAGUUAAAUUUCUUCGAUCUCGCUGAGCUUCAAAUUGAAAACGGUAGUUUCGAGCAACGUUCGACUCAAUAUUUUUAAAAAAUGAAAGCUCGAAAAGCCACAGAAAUCUGUGAAAAAAAAUUAAUAGGUUCUCAAAUUUUGCAAAAAUAUCUCAAAUUGAAGUUUUGCUUCUUUGUCGACCACGUAUAGUCCAUUUGAAUGAUGAGGCCUCGGAAGACUUCCUAAGAAAAAAAGUUACUGCCCUCUUGCUAUCGGAUUGGUCGAGGACUGAUUAAAUUUUAUGGGAAGCCUGUUCUACAAGGGAAACAAGUUCCAGAAUGAAUAUCAAUUUUUGAAAGAAAAUAUGAUUUUUCAAAUCUCAACCAAAAAAUUCAAUUUACACGAUUUUUGGUUUUUUGCUCAGAAAUCUGGUCUGACUCGAGAAAAUGUGUUCUGCUCGCAAGAAUUAGUUACUGCAUGGCUAUUUGAAAUCUGUGCGAAGUUUCAAGACAUUUGAACCAUUUCCAGAGAAGUUAUGUUCGAAAAACCCCUUUGAAAUACCUUUAUGUAGAGACCGGGAAGCCACGCCCCUUUUUGCGAUGGUGAAAUGCACGGGUUUUUAGUUUUUGAGUUUGAUGUUCUCGUAAAAGCGCAUUACUGAACCAAAAACGGAGAAAAUUUGUGAAAACAUACAGAAAACCUUCCUCUUCAAUCUGAUAUACGUUUCAGCCGAUUUUCGAAGCGUUUUAGCGGAGUGUCGUACAAAAAACCAAAACUACUUUAUGGGCAGCACUUUAUCAAUUUUUGCAUUACCGAGGCUUGACCUACUUCUGAAAACGAGCCUAGUUGAUAAUUUGUAAAUUUUUUUGAAGACCUCUACUAUUUCUAAAAACAAACUUGGAAAGAGCAAAGAUACCGAAUUCUUAGUGCCUUCCAAUUUCGACUCUUGACAACGUCUAAUAAAAUCUAAUAAACCUUAUUUCAGCCAUCAUGAUGGAAGCAAUGGACACGAUGACGUUCUACGAGAGAAUCAAGAGUUUCAUCGGACAUGUUCUUACGCAAAUCAUCUGGGUCAAGUAAUGCCAAAAAAAAGGAUUCACUUUUUAAAUAAUCUAACAAGAAUGAUCUCAGAAUGAACACAGACAAGGAAACGGCUCUCUUCAGAGAAGAAUUCGGGGCAGAUUUUCCUGACCUCCUAGAAGUCGCUGCAAAGUGUCCUUUGGUAUUUUGAGAAAAAAAUCCAACAUAUUAAUGUAAUUUUAAGGUCAUGGUAAAUACGAAUGAGAUCUACGACGUUCCACGGCCAUAUUUGGACAAAGUUGUGAAAAUCGGAGGCCUUGGAGUCGGAUUCAGCGACGCUAAGCCGUUGAAGGGGGUUCUAACUGAUUUUAUCGAUUAAACAUCCAAAAAUCGUUUCAAAGAACUCUUGUGCGCAUAAUGCAGAAAUUAAACUUUUUUGCAAAAAAUACAUUUAAAAAAAUUUUCAAGCGAGUGACAAUGAAGAAAACUUAAAAUCUAUAAAAACGGCUGAAUAAACGGGAUUGUUCAGGAAUUCAAAGAAAUCGCCGAGAAAGCCGAUGGAAUGAUCGUAUUUUCGUUCGGCUCUGUGGCUGCAGCCCACGAGAUGCCCGAGAAUUGGAAACAGGCCUUUUUGGAUGCUUUCAGGUGAGCUUUGGUUGUAUCGAUCAGACAAGGGAAGUUGAAAAUGGAGCACAGAUAUCUUAAAAAAAUUGCUGAGUUUUGGGAAAGGCUUUACAAAUUGACAAGGUAGAUAAUUUCAAUUUGCGAUUGGAAAGCUUCUGUAAGACGGCCAAAAAACUCCUUGAUAGACCAGAAAAAGGCUCUGAAAGUUUCAAUCUGGGCAACUUUCUACUUUCGAGAUAUAGGGGCUCAAAAAGCCUACAUCAACGGAUUCUCGAAGAUUCUUUUGAAGAUAGGUGGUCUUUUCUCGUAAACUAGAAAGUUGUGCAGGUUGAGAGUUUCAACAUUUUCUGGUACAUCAAGGAGUGUUCUGACCGAUUUUGAAAGAACUCUCAGUCGCAAAAAAAAUGAGCUUCAUUGUUAGAGCAAAAAUAAGAUGAAUCAAGACUUUUGAAAUUUAAAAAAUUCUUGUAAUUUUGAAAAAAAAAGUAUAAGCCUUUUGGAAUGCAAAACUUAAUGAAGAGUGUAAAUAGUUAAUUUGAUUCUCAACUUUCUACUUUCAGAGAAUUCCCCAAUAAUCAUUUCCUGUGGCGCUACGUGGCUGACGACUUGAAAGGUGAUCAUUAAAAAGUAGUUGAAAAAUUAUUCAUUCCAUUCUUUCUUCGAUUCUUUCAUUUACUAUUGUCAAUGUUAUUUUAAAACUGAAAAAAAAGAUGCAAAAAUGGCGACCUUUUUGGUGACAAAAAUACUAUUUUUCUGUUUCAGACCGUCUCCCACCCAAUGUUCACACCUUCAAUUGGCUUCCCCAGAAGGAUCUCCUCCUUCACAAGAAAACCAAGGCUUUUAUCACCCAUGGAGGAUAUAACAGUCUUCAGGUUUCAAAAAAAGAUAACUGACAUAAAUUUUAACUUUAGGAAGCGAUUUCCGCCGGAGUUCCUCUGAUCACAAUCGCUUUGUUUGGAGACCAACCCAAAAAUGCAAUGUUGGCCAAGAAACACGGUUUGUGAAUUCAUCCUAAUUUUAUAGAGCCGAAAAAGGUACAUCUAAAAGUUUUAAACGUCUUCGUAAGGUUUUUUAUUGUUUCCAUUUUUCUUCAUUAAUUUCUCCAGCAUCUUUAAAUUAAGUUUUGUUUUAGGUAUUGAGGUAGAAACAGUGAUUUAAUAAACUUUUAUUACUGUAGAAUGAAUGUAGUUUGUUCAGAUUUCGAAUGUUAAGUCCUCGCUCAAGCUCCGCCCCCUGAUGGCACGAUAAACCAAUCAGAGAGCGAGCUAACCACAGAGAGUUUUCGAAUGACGUCAUUCUACUUCCCAUUCAGAAUCUGAACAGACUAUAUUUUACUAUCGGAGCUCAAAAACUCUCAAAAAGCGACUCAAAAAAUUCCAAAAAAAACGAAGAAUAUCAAAUUGAACGAACUCUCGAUAGGACUUAAAAAAAUGUGAUUAUUGAAACUUUAACUCGAAUUAGAAAAGUUAUUGGAGACUUCCAUGAAAUUAUACAUGCCUUCAUCAAGCUUAAAACUUUGAUUUCAAAUAAUUUAGCCAGCUUAAGAAACAAAAUUUGGAAUUCUCAAAAUUAAUCGAAUAACUUUUUCUUAGGUUUCGCCGUCAGUGUCAAGAAAGACACGCUGAGCAAGGAACAUGUGGUUGAGGCGAUUCGGACGAUUCUCAAUGACGACAGGUGAUUUUUUGAAUAUUAUUUCUAAUAAAAUAAAGUAAAUCUUUCAGUUACUCACAAAAAGUGAAACGACUUUCGGCAAUGGCAAAGAACAAACCGAUUCAGCCGGCGACGUUGUUGGUCCGUUGGACCGAGUUUUUGGCCGAGUUCAAGACCCUCGACAACUUGGUACAUCUUAAUCGAAAUAAAAUAUCAAAUCCAAAAAUUUCCAGGUACCUGCCGGGCAGAAGCUCAACUUUUUCCAGUACCAUUCACUCGACGUCAUGGCCUUUUUAUUGGCCGCAAUUCUCUUAAUUCUCUUCAUUUUGUACAAAGUUGUCAAAUUUGUCGCUUGUUUCGUUAUUCGGAAGGUUAGGAGCUUAUUUGGCUAUGGAAAAACGGAAAAAGUCAAGCAACAAUAA